AUGUCCGCACGGGUUUUACUAUUGACAGCGUUGUUGGUAAUCGACAAAGUUUCGGCGCAUUACCUCCAAGCCGAACCGAAUUAUUUGAAACCGAAACUGGAGAGGAAUAACGUAGUGAACAAAGGAGUUUGGAUGAGGAAGGACUUUGACCGAAAUCUGUACGGUAAAGCCAGCUUGACCGACUUCAUUUUUCGACCGAAUUCGUUGGAGAAUGACGCGGAGCACCUCGAUUUUGACGCGUUUAAUCAGAAUUCUAUGCAGGAUAUACCGUUCUUCACGACUUACAUUGAAAGGACAAAGCGAUCGCCAGAAUAUUUACGAAAACGACAUCCUAGAAAGAGUUUAAAAGAUUGCGUUAAUAAAAAAGAUUGUCGCACAAAGAAAAACUCCGAAGACAAAUCUGUUGUUGUAGAAUCCAUGUUCAUUUCCGAUAUGAAACCUAACUCUAUAUUUAAAGAAUAUCCACAUGAAGUGGCUUUGUUACUCAACGAUAACAAUAAACAAGGAGAUCUUAAUAUAAAAACAUUGAACAGCACUAAUAAUAAUCAAUCUGAUAAUAAAAAGGAGAAUAGUGAUGCUAAAGUUGAUGAUGAUAAUAAAAGUCCUAAAAAACGCGAAGAUAAUGAUUAUGUAAUUAAGAGCAGUAAUGAUUUGUUCGAGAAUAAUGGUGACGUGAAUCCCAGAGGUGAAUACAAUAAGUAUGCUUACGAAACAGAUGGGAGUUGGAUACAAAAUGCACCUAUAACUAAAAAUGAUAGAUACAGUGUUAUUCCGAAGGAAAAACCCAAAUUUACCGAAAAGGGUCUGGUUAAAGUCAUAUCAAUGUUGACUAAGACUUUCAAAAAGAUUAUGAAACAGCACAACGAUAUCAAAAUUAUUCACCAAAAACUGAACAACUUGAACGAUGAUUUUUUGAAAAACGUCGAAGAUAUAACCAAUAAGUUUCGUGAAUUCGAUACAAAAUUCACUUAUUUGACGAAAUUCAAUGAAAAAUUAAAGAAUUUCGAAACGAAUCAAUCGAAGAAGGACGCCGAUCACGAAAUCAGAGCCCAAGAAAUAAAAAAUAAGCUAGCCGAAUUCGCCGAACACCAAACGAAGUUUUUAACCCAACAAAAACAGUUCUUUUCGUUACAAAAAUUAAUAUUAGCGCAAAACGAAAAAAUAACCACGAGACAGAAUAACAUAGCUAAAACCCAAGCAGAAAUAUCACAGAGACAAAACAACUUUGCUAGAAUACUACUGAAAGCUAAACAAUUGAUCGUGGACAGCAAGAAGCCAACUAUAACUCCUAUUAAUACAAAUAACCCAAAUACCAUUAACGAAUCGACAACAUCAAAAGUCGAUAUAGUAAAAAUCAAUUUACUAAACAUACCAGCGUUUCGUAAGAUAAUUAACACAGACGAUUUCCUUAUAAAAGAAAAACACAAUCCAAUAGACGAACUUGUAUACAAAUACUACUUUAACAAUACUUUCAUAGAUAAUAUCAUGAAGACAAAAAUUCUAGCUGCGACACUAGAUAGAGAUGUAAGGCAGAACAAAACUAAAAGGAAUAAUGAUUUAUCAACAAUUUUACUGCCCGUAAAGCAAGGUGAAGUCGUACGCGAUAAGAGGUGGAUUCAGGAACCUAAAAACGGUGUUAUUAAAAUGGCGAAGCUCGCUAAAGCUCCAUUCGUUAAUUUGGCAACGAAAUUCUGUAAUCAAAUUGGACAGAACGGUGAUGAAAUUAACCUGAAAUGGUGCAUAGAAAAAGUAUUAAGGAGGCUUCAGCAUAUCGAUACGAAAGUCCUGAUCGGGCCCGUUAAGUCGACCGCAAAGGAAAAUGCCAUUCAAAUCGCUAGAAGUAAUGAUAAAUCUGGUCGCGUUGCAAAGGAUUUCCCAAGCACAGUUGCAGAGACGACUUCCACUACAAAACGCUUGAUGGAAACCACCCAGACGCCUCCUACGCAAAUGCAAAAUUUUCCAGAUAACGAAGAAUUGGAAUCUAAUUUAAAGAAAUACGAUCUGAAGCCGGAUCUCGAAGGAAACGUCUACUUCGAUGGCAGUGUUCACACCAGUCAAAUAGUGUCUUCAAAGGAAAGUGAGGGGUUUUCAGAUAUAAUGCCAGGACUUGAUAGCAAUUCAAGAGUCGAAAUGGAUCCAGUGGCUUUUGGCAUUCAAGCUAAUAGGAGGCAAUAUGUGAAAAGAUUUAAUAAUAAUUUAUUGAAGAGACUGAAAAUUGGAAUUUGA